AUGGUCGAAACCACAUACUUCAAAGAGCCCAUCUGGUCUUUCCUAAAGGAGAUUAUGAGACAACCAUGGUUCGAAUGGCCAACAGGAAAGCCCGGCACUGAAAUUGGCCAACCAGAUCAUAACCAAAGGAAGAAAUGCUCGUACCAUAACGAGCUCGGCUACUACACAACAGCAUGCGCCCCAUACAAGGCACUGUUAGAACGUUUGGCGGCCCAAGGUCACCUCGACCAAUACAUUGAUCGAACCAAAACACCCACCCUUCAACCUACCAAAAACCCCAACCCUAAUGCGCCGCGACCGGCAAUACAUGUUAUCCACAGCCCUGUGACAAAAGAGUCUGAAACAAGUCUUCAAACCGACCUUGAUUGUGCCUCUACUUCCAAGCAGGUACUCGCGGUAGGACCUGGGUCCAAACGCCCAUGUCCAAAAGAAUUGCCUAAGUGGACAAUCACUUUCACCGAGUGCGACCUCGAGCUUAUGCAAACCUGUCACUCUGAUGCCCUUGUUGUAACUGUCCAAAUUGGAGUUCAUGACGUCAAACACGUUCUCAUUGAUCAAGGAAGCUUGGCAGAGGUCAUGUACUAUGACUUGUUCAAGAAGCUUGAUCUAUUAGAGUCGGCAUUGCAACCCGCCAAAGUACCUCUCAUUGGAUUCAAUGGAGCACCUGUUUGGCCGCUUGGUCAGAUCUUCCUUCCAAUCGUUGUAGGCUCGAAAACGUUGAGCGUUGAAUUCAUCGUCGUCAAUGUGCCGAGCCCGUACAACGCGAUUCUUGGCCGAACCUAUCUCCAUGGUAUGCAAGCAAUCGCUUCCACUUACCAACAGGUCAUCCGUUUCAUUGGCACCAAUGGAAGGCAGGAAGACCUACGCGGCGAUCAAGUUGCCUCCAAGAAGUGUUACGUUUCAGUUGUCCAUAAUUUCACCAAAGCUAAGCAAGUGCAAUGGGUUGAAGUCCCAGACAUGGAGGUUAUUGACAACAUCAGCGAGAAAGCCGAGGACAAAGCACAAGAGGACCUCGUCCAAAUGCCCAUCAACGAGGAUGGUUCUCAUUUUUUCUUACUCGGCUCUUCCCUCAGUGACGCCUAG